AGAGCGAGGGAGGGGAGAGAGAGUGAGAGACCCAGAGAGAAAGCCGGAGAGCAGCACGCAGAAACUGCCGGCGCCUGCUAGCUUUCGCAGCCCCCCGCGUGGACCCUCUGGGAACUUGGCAUCUUCAAGAUCCCCGCGGUUCCCCCCAGGCCCGCUCCACGGAGCUGGCUGUGCAGCCGGAGCCUCCGCCGCCCGGCAGUCACCCUGGGAAGCGGUCGGAAGCAGAGACAGCAAGCUCUCUCCAGUAGCGGAUAACGGGGAAUGGAGACCAAUUGUCGCAAACUAGUGUCGGCGUGUGUGCAAUUAGGCGUGCAGCCGGCGGCCGUUGAAUGUCUCUUCUCCAAAGACUCCGAAAUCAAAAAGGUCGAGUUCACGGACUCUCCCGAGAGCCGGAAAGAGGCAGCCAGCAGCAAGCUGUUCCCGCGGCAGCAUCCCGGCGCCAAUGAGAAAGAUAAAGGCCAGCAGGGAAAGAAUGAGGACGUGGGCGCAGAGGACCCGUCCAAGAAGAAGCGACAACGCCGGCAGAGGACUCAUUUCACUAGCCAGCAGCUGCAAGAGCUGGAAGCCACUUUCCAGAGAAACCGCUACCCAGACAUGUCCACUCGAGAAGAAAUCGCCGUGUGGACCAACCUUACGGAAGCCCGAGUCCGGGUUUGGUUCAAGAAUCGCCGGGCCAAAUGGAGAAAGCGGGAACGCAACCAGCAGGCCGAGUUAUGCAAGAACGGCUUCGGGCCACAGUUCAACGGGCUCAUGCAACCCUACGACGACAUGUACCCCGGCUACUCGUACAACAACUGGGCGGCCAAGGGCCUCACGUCGGCGUCUCUGUCCACCAAGAGCUUCCCUUUCUUCAACUCUAUGAACGUCAACCCCCUGUCCUCACAGAGCAUGUUUUCCCCACCCAACUCCAUCUCAUCCAUGAGUAUGUCGUCCAGCAUGGUGCCCUCCGCGGUGACCGGCGUCCCGGGCUCCAGCCUCAACAGCCUGAAUAACUUGAACAACCUGAGCAGCCCGUCGCUGAAUUCCGCGGUGCCCACGCCCGCCUGUCCUUACGCGCCGCCGACUCCUCCGUACGUUUAUAGGGACACAUGUAACUCGAGCCUAGCCAGCCUGAGACUGAAAGCAAAGCAACACUCCAGCUUCGGCUACGCCAGCGUGCAGAACCCGGCCUCCAACCUGAGUGCUUGCCAGUAUGCAGUCGACCGGCCGGUGUGAACCUCGCCCUCAGCGCGGGGAUCCGGAGGACUGUGGGAGUGGGCAGCUCUGCCCCCAGAAAGACUGAGAGUUGUGCUAGAAGGUCGUGCGCACUACGAGAAGGAAGAGAAAAAAGAAAAUAUAUGAGGAACAGAAAUCACUGAAUUCAAAAAGAAAGCGCCUUUGAUUUCAAAGGAACGCCCCUAUAAGUGUCUGACAUCUUUCGCUAAAAGUAUUUCCAACAGUUGGAGGACGCGUACACCAACAAAUGCUUGACUGGAUAUGACAUUUUAACAUUACUAUAAGCUUGUUAUUUUUUAAGUUUAGCAUUGUUAACAUUAAAAUGACUGAAAGGAUGUAUAUAUAUCGAAAUGUCAAAUUAAUUUUAUAAAAACAGUUGUUAGUACUAUCACAACAGUGUUUUUAAAGGCUAGGCUUUAAAAUAAAGCAUGUUAUACAAAAUCGGUUAGGAAUUUUCGCUUGCGAGCAAAGGAAUGUAUAUACUAAAUGCCACACUGUAUGUUUCUAACAUAUUAUUAUUAUAAAAAUGUGUGAAUAUAAGUUUUAGAGUAGUUUCUCUGGUGGAUGCCUUGUUUCUGAAACUGCUAUGUACAACCUAUUCUGUGUAUAACAUUUCGUACGAUAUUAUUGUUUUACUUUUCAGCAAAUAUGAAAAAAAUGUGUUUUAUUUCUUGGGAGUAAAAUAUACUGCAUACAAAUUGGUCUGGAUUCUUUCUCCUUUUCUCUGUCACCUGGCCAGGGUGUUUCAGUCACUGCCUCCUAAACAAACCAGUUUUCUCUGCCUGCCUAGUCAAACAUGCAAAGCACUCAGCAGAAAUAUAUUCUAGCCAUCCAUCAGAAACUAAAAGGGAAAAGGAGAAGCACCCGGAAGGCGGGGAAGCUGCAACGUGCUACGUGCCUCUGAUGUUUCUUUGGCCUAAAUCCAUAAGAUGCCAUUGGGGUUAGAAAAUAAUACCAGAGAAAGAAGAAAGGUGAGAGAAAAUUUGAAGCAUGCCAACGAGCUCGGAAUGAGUCUGAAGCUGACCUAGUCAGAGGGGGAAAGCACACCUCCAGUAAACACUUCUGGAGAAAGAUGUGCGUGUGUACCCAUGUACAGU